GUGACUCGCAUUUACCGAAGGUGCUAGAUGUAGCUGAGUUGGCACUUGAUAAGAACAGGCUUCAAUUCAACAUCAGACGGGUGCUACUGUCAGCGUGCCAUCAUCGGGACUUUCGAUUACUCGUCGUGGUCAGUACCAAUGACAAACAGCGGCUCCUUUUCGGGAAACAUGAUUUAAUUGUUGAGUGAUCGCUUAAUUAGGAGUUAAAUAUUCAACUAGAUUUGUUGACAUUGUCAGGUCAUAUUUGCCGCGAAACAAAGAAGAAGAUUUGAAAAGGACGAAGAAGUGACACUCUGGCGGCGAUGUUGGUUCGCGCGCCUUACACUUUCCUUUUCAUUCUUGCGGUUUGCUGUUGGUUUAGACAUAAUGCUGCGAUUCCACUUGCUUCUUAUUCAUUAAAUCAAAUGCAGGAUGCAUUCAAAGAGAAACAAAUAGAUUCUGAGAGUGAUUCAGAUGACUCUACCUUGGAUUCUCGUUCCAUAAGAGAGGCGGAAACAUUGGAUGUUAAAUCUAACGAGGACAACGAAAAUGAUGAUAAUGAUGAAAAUGAUGAUAAUGACGAAAAUGAUGAUAAUGACGCUAUUCAAGAUGACACCAUUCAAAACAAGGUGAAAAAUCAGAAUGUAAAUCAGAAUAUAAAUCAGAAUAUGAAUAUGAAUAUCUUCAGUGGCGAAAAUCGUCGUCGUGUUAAACACCAUCGCCAUAGGAAAACUACGACGGAAAAUAUUAUGACAGCCACAGGACAUUCGACAUUAGAAGAAAUAGCCACGGAAGAAGCAUCAACGAAUUGUGCGAGCGGUAAAAAGAAGAACCAGAGGUACUCAAGUAGCUUCUUCACGAAUACAACAGGCCGUGCGCUAAACGUGGAAAAGGAGUUUAACGAUGUAGUUGGCAACAAUUCCAAGGUGAAAAAAUCUAGCAGUGUUCACGAGGGCGAGGACAUCACUCUGUGCUGGAUCGAAACGACAACUAUCAAGGAGGACAAGACUAUUCGACCACCGAAGAGAUUGGUUAUUCGUGAAUACACAAUCUCUUUUGAGAACUCAGCAACCAUACCGGAAAGAUAUCUCGAAUGUAGAAGAUUCGAGGGUGAAUUGACGGCGGACGAUCCCGACAUUGGUAAGACGGCCUUAUUCGAAAUCAUAGACGAAGACACGAUGGUCAGCAGGAUCGUUAAUUUUACCUCGGUCAGUCAUGCGGGUAAUAUUAUUACUUGGGAACAUAAAAAAGUGAAAUGCGGAGUUGGUCCGGUAGUUAGUAAAAAUAUUGUAGAAUUGAACGACGGCUCAAAGAUUCCGAAGAAGAGAGUGGAGAUCAAAGUUAGUCCCAAAAUGCAUCAACUGACGGCAACGACAACUGAAGAGGAGUGUACGGAAAGUAGUACACUCACCGAAUCUAUGACUGAAUACACUACUGGAUUACCCUGCGAAAAUGGUGCUUGUGAAGCAACCAUGAUUUCCCCUAGCAUUGUACCAAAAAUCGAUAAAUUCACCACUGAAGAAAUAGUCACCAAGUUGCAGAGCGAAUCCGAAAGCGAGAGCGUCGAAGAUCAUUUAUCUACAGCUACGAAAUUAUUACCUGAUGAAAUAGUAUCUAGAAGAACAACGACAUUUCCUAAAAAAAUAACUACAAUUCAGGAGAGGAUAGACUGCGAAGAGAAUCCAUCAGAUCCAGCGUGUUUAACGCAAAAAUAUGAUACAUCUUCGGAAGAAUUAGUUAUUGAAGUAUUAACUACGACGGAAACAGCUGCGAUAGUCGAAACAUCAUCGAUUAGUGAUGAAGAAAUAACUUCGAAAGAGGAGAUAUUUCAUCCUUCUAUUGAGGAGAGAUCAGAAGAGAUCACGGAAUCUUCACCUACAUCAAAAGAAGAGGAAGAAAUAAUUUCUGAAGUAGUAACUGAAGAGUCAACUCCGUUUGCAUUCGCGAAAGAUAUUCUCACAAAGUCUUCGGAAGCAUAUCCGCAAUCUCAAUCAACGGAUCGAGCAUCUGUUGAUACUAGUUCAUUGGAAACAAAGAUUACUGAAAGUUCAAAAGGAAUAGAAGAAUACUCGAAGCCCGAAGAAGAUAGAGGUAAAAGUUUUACUAUACUGACAAGCGAAGAAUUAGGAAAAGUUGACUAUAUUUCAUCUUCAAGCGAGAGCAUAGUGACUUCAAGUGAAGCUGAUAUUGAGCCAGGUGUUAUAAGCGCGAAAUCACCAGAAUUGAUCGAAUUCACGAAAGAACCCACUAAACCUGAUCGGAUUUUCGAUAAGUUAUCUGAUAAGCCAAUUUCGACAAAAAGUGUAACAGGAACUGUAACUAUCGAAUCAUCAUCAAUGUCCGAAGAAGUGACCUCUGAGGAAACCAAAGAAAAGGCUGUAAUUGGAGAAACGACGAUGGGUGGGCUAAAGAGUAGUGAGGAAAGAGAAUUUAUUACAAUUACAACGACGUCGCCAACGAAAGUCAGAUCAACGACUUUGUCGCCAGUGUCAAGCGGCGAGGUAAGUUAUUCAUGCGAGAACUCCGAGGAUUGCGUCAGUUCGGAAGGCUGCGACGAGUUCGGAAAUUGUGAGAAACUUCCACCAAAAUUUGACACGAUUCCCCCACCAAAACUGACAAAAGUUCCUCCAUCCGAGGAAUCAAAAAUAAUUGAGCACUCGACUGUCACAAAUGUAGGAACGACCAUGUUGAUCCCUCAAGAAGGUGACAGCAAGUUGAUGGCUAAACAUAUCACGGACACCCGACGAAGCACGACUACAAGUACGCCGCAACAUAAGUUGUCAUUGAAGGUCAAGAUCCUCCUGGAGCACAUUAAUGAGAACAAGGAGAAACACAACUUGGUCGAGGUGGAGAAACAUUUAUCGCUGGACGAGAAUCCAGAACAUCAUCUUAAUCCUGAUUUACUCGAGCAAUUGAAAUCCUUGAACGAUUCCGUCAAUAUGGAGACCAUAAGCGCAUUGUUGAAUUGUACUAGCUUGGGCAAUUUGACAAAAGAUUCAAAUUUUGUCAGCAAAGAACUAGAUAAUGUUGACAGUGACAAUGCAGAAUUGGAAUUUACAAAUACUGAUUUUGAGGAUUUGAGCUCAGAACAGUUUACUUCAAGAUCCGACGAUGCUAAAAUUGAUUAUUCUGAAUAUCAAGAACACGUAACAUCUCGCAGACGAAGACGAAGAAGUCUUGAUAAUGAAAUGGAAGGUCUAAAUAAAUUUGCUCGACAAAAUCUUUAUGAUUCCACUGAUUCUGCGGUUGAUGCUUUCAAUAUUUCACAAACUCAAUAUACUGAGUUAACAAACGCAACUUACAAUUUACAACUUUCCACAACGACAAAUUAUUCCGAAGAGGAAACAACUACUAACAAUUAUACAGAAAGUGAAAGAAACGUAACUAAAGAAGAAAAUCAAAGUACAAUGCCUUCGACAAUAAUAACCCUUAGCGAUGUUGAGCUUUCAAACGCUUCGGAAUCUCGUGAUAUUAAUAUGACAAAAGAUGUACAGUUAAACACGACAACAUAUAAACCUGAAGAGGAAACAAAUAACACUAUGUAUAUAGAAACUAAUACAACUAAUGACACAAAUAUGACUAAUGAAAGAAAUGAAAGCACAGUGCCUUCGACAAGAAACAACAUGAAUAACGAAACAAAAAUGGAAGUUGUGCGAAAGACAUUACCAGGAAUACAGGAAGAUGUUGUGGUCGGGUUGCAGCAUAUGGUAUCGCAAUUAACGCAAAGUAAUUUGACUUCAAUCAAUAAUGUUAAAGAAGCCAAAACAAAUUUGUUGGGUAUUUUAGCGGACCCCAGUGAUAGCAGGGUUCGAUUGAGAAGAAAAAGAGCGGCCACGGAAGAAGUUGGACACUGGUCAAAUGAAAGGAUCAAGGAGGCGCCAAUGGGUGGCAAUCUUAGAAGUUUCACUGAAUUCACACUGUAUAAAAUUCUAUCUUGAGAUGUACAAGAUUAAGUUUUAUUUUGCCAUUUUGUAAUGUCAAAAGAUUUUAAUGAAGCUGAAAUGAGGAAUUACGUUGUAUGUA